AUGGAGUCUGAAUCGGCAACCGCGGAGCUGCACAGGUCCAACAGUCUUCUUCUGAUGAUGGAUAAACAAAUUCCUUGGUUCGAGUCAAGCAGCAAUUCGUCUGUGGUUUUCUCGUUUCUGUCUAGUUGUAAUGUUCUAUCACUAACAAGUCGGUUGUACAUCUGUUUGGAGAUCUUGGACACGAUUCCUGAAGGCGGGAAGUUGAUGUUGAAUGGCGUGAUGUUUGGCUUGUUGGCGUAUGAGUGCUCGAUCACCAUCACCAACGAUUCGCAAACAAGCAUCGCUUUCAAAGUGAAGACAACCGCCCCUAAGCUUUAUUGCGUGCGUCCUAAUGCGUCAAUCGUUAGACCAGGAUCGAGCUUGGAUGUGUCCAUCAUCUUCCAGGGCCUGGCCAAGGAACCAGCAAUCGGCACCAAGUGCAAGGAUAAAUUUUUGAUCGUGUCCGUUCCAUGCUCGGAAGACCUUGAUCCAAAGUCGAUCUCCUCCAUAUGGUCUGACCUCCAGUCCCAGGCUGGCUCUACUUCCGACGUGAAGGUUAAGGUGGUUUUCAACUACAGCAGCUUGAACAACACCAUCCAAGAAGAAUCUUCACAGCAAACAAACUCAGGAUCAAAAGAUGCCUCUACUGCUCUGGCAGGUGCUGCAGGUGCUGCAGGCGUUGCAGGCGUUGCGGGAACAUCUUUGGCCAACGGAUCUGCAGGAUCUGGUGCCAAAUCAGUCCCAGAAAAGAACGCAGUUCCAGCCGACGGCGAGCUCCAAGAAUCCACGCCGUUGGCUUCGUCCUCCCCAACAGACCCAUCUACGACAACUACUACCGCUGCUCCAGUCUCCAAAGAUGCCGCCACCUCCACCAACGUCUUUAGACACCCUAACAUUGCCUCUGGGGCCAUGUCGCUCCAGUCCGCCGCGGAAGGGCCCAAUGUGGUCAGCAUACAAAGCACAGAAGACUCCGCAUCUGUUUAUAUACCAUCUUCUCAAACAGAACCUGACGAGCACACGGACCAGGACAGCGAGCCGGAAAUCGUCAUCACCGAAAGCCCCUUCAGGAAAGACUCGCGCAAAAGACGUGCAUCGGAGUCGCUCACGGAUUCGGAAGAUGGGUCCGACGACGAGCUGAUCAUCCUGGGAUCGGACGGCGAAACACAGGAAGAGAAGAAAACGACAUCUGAUUUGCUUAACGACGCCUCAAACCGCCCGAACAGCGUCAAGAGCUUGAAAGACGUGACGUGUCCGAUCUGUUUUGACGAGAUCGAGCAGUGCGUGGUGAGUCCAUGCGGGCACUUCUAUUGCUCGAAUUGCGUUUUUUCUUUGGAAGACGACCAUUUGGUCGAGACCGUUCCUUCCAUGCGGCAAUACCCAUCGUCUUCAAGUUCCUCCUCGAGCUCCUCGUCGGGGUCGUUCCCGUCGCUAACGCUAUCAUAUUUUACCAGGUUUGGACGCCCCAAACAAUGGGAAGAGAUCCCCACAGACUCGAAAAAGCCCGCAACAGAGCGCCCACUAGAAACGGGAGAUCUUGAUCCGUCUGUUACUGACACCAAGCCCGUUCCAAGGAACGUCACCGAGCUGCUGGGGACCCUGGACACGGACGCUUCGAUCGCAGUGGACGGAUCUGCUGCUGGACAAGGAAGCAUCAUCAAGUUUGUUACGGGGUCGGACUACAUGUUCAACAAGAAGCUGAUGACGCUGCUGCAUAAGGAUAAGGAACUAAAGUCCGAGGAGGAGGAUAGCGGCAAGGAAAACGGCGGGUCGCGGUGGUUUGGGAGUUCGGGCAAAACGGGCUCCGGCUCUGGGGAGCUAGAGUCGUCCUCGUUUCGCGAGGCCGGACUGGAUCAGCUGCGGUGUCGGCCUCUGGGGAAGAAGAACAAGAUACAGUUUAAUUAG